GGCCCCUUCAUUGAAAUAUAUUAUAUCUACUAAUGACUAGCGAGCAACAAUACUCCAACUGGUCAGAAAAGGCUAUAUCUGUCGUUGUCGCAUAUCCACGAGCAACCGAAUGGCUUUUAAAAGUCCUCUAUAUUUACAGUAUACAGCUCAUCUGGAAAUACUCCACCUGGAGAAUGAUGGCGUGGGAUAGGCUUGCGUUGGCGCCGAGAUUGUCAAGGGGAACGACAUCCCUGCCACUGUUCUGUUUCACGAUCUGCACAGAGUCAGAGACAGGGCUCAAUAACUGCAGGAACUUCAUAUCAAGGCCAAUCCGUGAGAUAAGGAACAGAAUAUGUGAUAUAAUUAGAAGGCCAUGACUCGUUGAAGCAGCAAGGCGACUUAUAAUACACUAAGUACCAUCUUUCCUGUCAACGCCAUCCCCCAUCCUCUUUUUUUCUCUUCUUCUAGGAACUUAAUUAACUUCUGAUAUGACUUGCUCUAACUGUACGAAUUCGAGUUCGACAUCCCCGGAUCUGGUAGGAUGGGUCGACGAAAACUCCGGCCGCGGUACGCUGAGUCUGGUCACCACCUGUCUCUUCACCAUCUUCCUCUGCACAUGGGUCGUGAUCCAUCCGAGAGUUGACGCGAACGUCCGGCGCGCAACGCAGCAUAAACUGGUGCUGUUCGUCAAGGCCGUGCUGGCGCCCGAAUUCAUCGCCGUCGAAGCGCUGCAGGAAUGGGCCCAGUGUCGACGCAUGGAGGAAGAAGAAGCAAACCACACGGCGUCACCGGCGAUGCCCAUCCAGGCGUUCUACAUCAGCAUGCUAGCCCUACGGUAUCGGACGGUCAGGGGGGGAGACCGAGUUCUCUGGCCGAACCAGUACAUCUGGCUCCUAGAACAGCAACUGGUGACAUGGGCCGAAUGUGAAGCCAGCUGGGGACUAGCCGAGGAGCAGAUCCGCGACAAGAGCAAGGCAGACAACGCGACCAAGCUGCUUGCCCUGGCGCAGGUGCUGUGGUUUGUGGCCGAGUGCAUCAUGCGGCCGGUCCAUCGCCUGCCGCUCUCGCAGCUCGAGGCUAUGACACUAGGGUACAUCCCUCUGUUUGCCGUCACGUAUUUCUUCUGGUGGGCGAAGCCAAAGGAUAUCCGCACCCCGUCCGUUGUCGACCUCCCGCCCAUGUCGGCCGAGCAGUGGGCGGUCUUUGACUCGAUGGCCAUCAGCAACAAGUUCGACAACGAGGGCCUCCCAGAGCAGAUUACCUGGAAGAGCAUCUGGUAUCUGACGCCGCGGGUGUUUGAAAAGGAAGAACAGGACGCUGCUGCAAUAGCGGUGGCCAGUAGCGGUGGGAAAUCAUCACCAUCGUCACCAUCAUCAUCUUCUUCUUCUAGGAUACCAUCAUCUCUGCCCAAACAGACCGUCCUGUCCCAUUGGGAUCCGCUUUUGUACCGCUCAAAGCUGAUAUGGCCGCUGACCUGUCUCUUCGGAGCAUCCUGUGGCGCCCUGCACCUCGUCGCCUGGGACACGGUCUUCCCCACGGCCAUGGAGGCGUGGCUGUGGCGCGUGUCAGCGUUUGUUUCUAUUGUCUCCAUGUUGGUCUUUAUGCAUUUCGAAAAGGUCAUCCUUCGCUGGGGCGGACCCUUGACCAUCCUCAGCCUUGUCUCGCCGGCGCUCUAUCUGCUCAGCCGGCUGGUCAUGAUGGUCGAGGUCUUUGUUGCUCUCAGAGCGGAAGAGCUGGCGAUUCACGACACAUACCAGGUGUCAACAUAUUGGGUCCAUCUGUUAUAA